CAGAGCAGGGAGGGGUGAGUUGCCUGCUGGACGGGACUGAAACGUCCUUCAUAUAAACCGGUGACAAAGUGGCGAGCAGUGGGCCCCCGGGCGGCAGAGAUCAGAGCCAGCACACAGACGCAGAGACCGAGAAGAGGAGACCGAAGCACCGAGCAGCGCGCACGGCGGUGACUGGAACCACAGCAACACAACGAGGAGACCCGCGAACACAGCAAAACUAAUCCGGACGGAGCCGCAUUUAUUCGCGCCUACAGAGAUGGACCUCACCUCAUCCCCUUCGCUAUUAAUUUGCGUGGUUUUGGCGGCCGCCCUGAUUGGCGGGACUCGCUCGGAGGGGGUGUGUCUUCAAGAUGGUAAACACAAGGCCACGCCCAGCCCGGAGCCACACCUGACGGAGUGCUCCCUGUAUGCAGACAAUAGCUGCUGCACAGAAGAACAAAUCCAGGACAUCUCUCAUGUUCCUUCUGCCAAUAAUCAGAAUGAACCCUGGGACAAGUGUGGGUCCCUCAGCCCUGAGUGUGAAAGCUUCCUGAAGCGCGUGUCGUGUUUUUACCGCUGCUCCCCCGACGCUGCUCGCUGGCCUCAUCCUCAGCGCCGCUCAUACAUCCAGGCUGUUCCUCUCUGCCACAGCUUCUGCCGUGAUUGGUUUGAUGCCUGCAGGAUGGAUUUGACUUGCGCCCGUAACUGGGCUAGGGACCCCAGGGGACAGAACUGCACUGGAAACUGUGUUCAGUAUCAGCAGAUGUACCAGCAUGGCAGAGAUCUCUGCGAAAGCCUGUGGGGUGAUGCCUUCAUGACGGUCGAGGAUGAGCCAGAGGAGGUUGGAGAGGCCGGAGAUAUCGGAGUGGAUGUCGACGGCGUUCGUCCCUGCGGCUGCCUGACUCUCAGCCCCUCGGACAAGGACGUGAUCGCCGCUCUCAGAGCCCAGCAGGAUGACCCGGAGGAGCUGGAUACCACCAAGACCGGCUUGCCUCAGUACCGGGCCCCUUGCCAGGCCAAGCUGCCCGUGCAGCCCAGAAUGGGAAACUCCGUGCUGCGUAAGCGCUCGGUGGAGGUGGAAGACGUGGAGGGGAGUGGCAGCGGUUUGUAGAUGGUGAUACAUGUAUUCUUAGCGAUAAUCCUCUAGAUCAUCAUAUACAAAAAUCAAUCCCUUGAAAGGGAGUUAUAUCCUUUCUCCUCUAACUAAACUAAACCAUACAAAUUUAAGCUCUCAUUACUAUCUUCAAGUCGCAGGCAUAACUUCUUUGAUUUACAAAAAUGAUCUGAUUAUCUGAUUUAAGUGACAAGCUUAUGAACACCCGGUCGAUUCUUUGAACAGCCAGGAUUAAACGAAACACCAAGAAAAAAUUUUCAAAUGAAUUUAAGAAGACUACUCAAAGCUGAAGUCCUCAAUAUUUUCAAAGGGCUCAAUAACAAAUACACUUAAGACAUCCCAUGAUGGCUGCAAAAUGUUUUUAUUGCCAGCUAACAAGAGCAUCUUUAGUGGGAAUUUGCUUUUAUGGCUCAGUGUAACACAUGCUCACAUGGUAAAAGUCCUGCAGUAUUAGCACUUCUGCAUGAGUCAAACAUGUCAAACCCAAAGUACUACUUUUCAUGACAAUGUUGAACACAAUAUAUCACCAUCCCGCUACUUAUCUCAACUGUCUACUAGCUGGCUUUGAUCUGUGCUUUAGUCACUUGUUAAAUGCAUUAAUUAGUCCUGUGAUUCCAUAAUGUGCAGUCUGCUUGUCAUGGAGUUUAUGAUAGUGGAGAACGUCAAAAGUUUUAAUCAUAAUUUUGAAUCUAUCUUAGAUUUUUCCAACACAGUUAACUGACCUGAAAGCAGGUGUUCUGGUUUGAGAACAACGGGGAAGGUUUAGUAUUCAGAAACAACAUCGGAGUAAAUCAGCAGGGGCAGCAGCCGUACCAGAUAAGGUUGCUCCGGUAGUUCGGUCAUGUAUCACCGAUGUACUGUGGGUGUUUUAUAAGUAGGCCAUGUGUUUCUACAGUUGGGAACUGUUAGAUGUAAAUGUUUUAUAAGAAAACAAAAAGGGAGAACUAAUUUGUUUGAUUUACCAUAAGCUUGCUGAAAUGGGUGUUUCUGUGCUUUUCUUUUCAUUCUCAAUAAAAACAUUUCUAAACAUUC